GCGGCCCCUCCCAGGAGAGCGAAGGUUCCGGCGCGCGCAGGGCCUCCGUGGGGCGUCCGGCCCCGGGCUCAUAUGUGGCAGUCUGAAUCCGCGGCGGAGAGGCGGGGACGGCCGCUGCUCGCGUGCGAGGCGCCGCCGGAGCCCGUGCUGAGCGCAGGUGUCGUGGACCUGUCGCAGGGACUCGUGGAGCAGCGCCUGUGAAUUCUGAGAUCUCGCCAGACACCGAAACGGCCCUCGGCGGCCCCCAGCGGUUCCCAGAGUUGCGUCUCAGCGCCAGCAAAGCUGGGGAGACAAGGAUAGGGUAGUGCGUCUUUUCCUGGAGACAAAGGCUAGAACUAAGGAUCUGAUGUGGGACUGAAUCCCGUUUCUUCUUCUUGAUGGAAAGAUGCCCAGGUGCAGCCGUGUGGAGCCGUGACAGGGCCGAGUCCUCCACAGUGUGGCUUCUUGUCAACCCUUUUGAGGGCCAAGCUUCCUCUCAGGGAAGGCAUGUUCUCACCCCACAGUGGGGAGAGGAAGUGAGAAGAAAAUUGCUGGCUGCAUUGUGGCUGUCCCACUUCAGUGGGCUGCAGGCGCCGUGCCCCUGCCCCCAGGGUUCCUGACAUGGGGGAGAAAGCCAGAUGGAAACCAGCGUUUUGAGCUAAGAUGGGAUGUCAGGACCAAGGCCUGUUGUCCUGAGUGGACCCUCAGGGGCUGGGAAGAGCACCCUACUGAAGAGACUCCUGCAGGAACACGGCAGCAUCUUUGGCUUCAGCGUGUCCCACACCACGAGGAACCCGAGGCCAGGAGAGGAGAACGGCAAAGAUUACUACUUUGUGACCAGGGAGGUGAUGCAACGGGACAUUGCCGCCGGAGACUUCAUCGAGCACGCUGAGUUCUCGGGGAACCUGUAUGGGACCAGCAAAGCAGCUGUGCGGGCCGUGCAGGCCAUGAACCGCAUCUGCGUGCUGGACGUGGACCUGCAGGGCGUGCGCAACAUCAAGAAGACCGACCUGCAGCCCAUCUACAUCUUUGUGCAGCCACCCUCACUGGAUGUCCUGGAGCAGCGGCUGCGGCAGCGGAAUACGGAGACAGAGGAGAGCCUGGCCAAGCGCCUGGCGGCCGCCCGGGCUGACAUGGAGAGCAGCAAAGAGCCGGGCCUGUUUGACCUCAUCAUCGUCAACGACAGUCUGGACAAGGCCUACUGGGCCCUGAAGGAGGCGCUCUCCGAGGAAAUAAAGAAGGCUCAAGCCACUGGCCACUCCUGAGGAGGCCCGCCAGCUGUAUCUUCUUAGGCGGGGCCUAGGGCCUGGCGCCCGUACCCAGCAGGCCAGGGUCUCCUGGCGGUGGCUCUGCUCACCUCAGCUGGCACCCAGGGGUUGGGGUGCUGCCCAUCUUCCCUCACUCCCCCACUGUGGAUGGAGGACCUUGUCUCUCACCCUGACUCCCCAAGUCCGUUUCUAGGCUUCAUCCCCACCCCACCCUAUCAGCCCCCCUCCCGUGGAAGCUGGGCCAAUAUCCAAAUAAAGAAGUGCUGGGUUAGAGUGUC